AUGGACGAAGCCUUUGCUCCAAAUUUGAUCCACCAGGCGAUUAAUAUACAAACGCAGGAAUCAUUUGAAAUAUGGCUGGACUACCAUUUUCCAAGUUACCUCGCUUCCUUCAAUUCCCGUGUGGAGGUGAAUUGGAUGAACUUUAUACGAAGCAAGUGGUCCACAUUUCCGCAGGCACUAAUCUGGGCAGUCCGUGCCUUGACUUCCUUACGAAUGGGAGCGGCGCGAGGCAAUAAGGAAAUCAUAGCUUGCGCUCGUCAUAUGUAUGGGCGGGGUAUAAAGCAUCUAGCUGCACUCCUACAUACACGAGCCGCACUGGCAGAUGAGACACUUGCAGCUGCGAUUUUGCUAGGCGGAUAUGAGGUCCUAGAUGGCAGUAGUGAUCGCUCGUGGAUCGUUCAUUCGCAUGGCAUCCGCCACCUGUUCUGCGCCCGUGGGCCUUCGGCACAUACACAUGGAAUAGGUCGGACUCUUCUCCUUUCUUGGCGGCCUUACCUAGUUGCGGAUGCCUUUAUCCACGCGGAGCCCUGUUUCCUAGGUGGUUUCGAGUGGGCGUGCGCAUCAACGACUCCAGAGAUUUCCAGGGCAAAAGACCAGUGGCAGAAAUCUAGUAUCCUAGGCCAGACGAUGGACUAUGCAUUUAAUGAAGUCGCCAAAUGCCCUGGCUACUAUGCAAUGACAAAAUAUUUUACAACGUCGGACAAAAAUGUCGAUCCAUCCAUGAUCAACGCCCUGGUGGGUUGUAUUCUCAAAUCAAGAGAAAGUCUUGUUCACCUUCAGGGCAUGCUCAUGGAAACAAAUCCCCCAGCAUCCUUUGUUGGGGUGAUUCCACCGACGUACGCAACAACCCUGGUACAGGGAACUCGGCAUGGAAUCAAUUCUGCCGUCGCACUGCUCGAUCAGUUAAUGACGUUGCUUAAGUCUUGCCUAGAUAGGGGGACCAAACCUAUUCUGGUGCCAGACUUUGACGAUAAGUCACAGGAAGACCAAUGGCGUCUUUUUGCGGGACUUCAAGCUCCCAACACCAAAACGGAUCAACCGCCUCUUUCUCGAGAUUCAGAAGACCCGAGUUUAGCUAUCUAUGCUAUCGGGAACCAACUGGAUAAAUUUUCUUUAACGAUGGGCAUGGGUAGUUUAUCACCAGAUGCAUGUGGUUGCCCACAAUUCUCAGCGCGUAUCUGA